UGUUAUUCAUACUCUACUUCAAUGUUUAUCAUGUCACCGUUCAACCUUCUUAAUUGUUCUGCCUUUCACAACUAAAUCACUCCCUAACCAAUGGGUUUUGGUUCAUUCUCUCUGUCCAAUUCAAAUCAUUUCUAACAAUUAAAAAAAAAAAAAGACAUUUUUCAUUCCCAAAACAAUACAGCCCAAUCUUGUGAUCCAAAUGUUAGCGAACAACCCGAGAUUGUUGGAGUGAAAGAGGCAUUCAGUUUGUAAUUGCAUCUUUGUUUUGUGUGUGUGAUCGAAGUUUGUUUGGACAUUGAGCUGAGAAUUGAAGGCAACAUUCCAACUCUGUGGCCAAUAAUGACUACAGUUCAGAGUGAGAAGGCAGCCAAGGGAACUGCCACAACUGAUAAAGCAUUUAAAAGAUGGGGCAGGAGAAGCCCAUUUUUGAGAUAUGGCCUUCCUAUGAUCUCUCUCACUGUCCUUGGCUCUAUUGGCCUUGCCCAACUCUUGCAAGGCAGUAAGGAUAUUGCAAAGGUGAAAGAUGAUCAGGAGUGGGAAAUAAUUGAAACAAGAAAAGCAUUGUCUAGGACAGGACCAGUAAAUGCAUACAGGCCUAAACAGAUUUCCUUGGAGGAUGAGCUAAAGGAUUUGCAACAAAAGGUGGACAUUAACAACUAUGAGUACAAGAAAAUUCCUAAACCAAAUGAAGGCAAACGAGACUAACGUAAAGUUGUGGACUUGAAACAACUUUUGUCAGAAUUUCUCAUGUACCGUGCUCAAAAUCAACUUUUAUGGAGUUAUGAGCCAGUUCUCACCUUGCAAGUGAAGUUUUUAUUGCCCUGCACUUUUAGUGUUUUGACUUUUGAUUAUGACGUUAUGGGUGAGGAAGUUGAGAUAAAUUUCGAAUCUCUGAAAUGUUGUAUAUCAAGGAAUUUUAAUUA